AUGACAUGGACCUUCAUGUUGGGGGUUGGACAGAGCACAUCCGGGCCUUUGGCAGUGAGAGCGCUGAGGACUCAAGCGGGCGAUUUGCGGCGCCUGAUUAUCACAGAGGCUGACGUUGAAGGCCGUGACUGUCAUGGCUCGGGAAUGCAAAAGUACAAGUAUCGUCAUCAGCCCGAGCACAUGCAGUUCACUGAGCACAUCUUCUUCACUCGGAGAACGACGGAGGGCUUGUCGAUCCUCCCGAGCCUCAACGGGCUGCAGCCACCAGUGCCCAACGUCUGCCGUGGGUGCGCCAAUGUAGGCCUCGGGAGGUACUCCGAAGGCGCCUCGUACUGUCCGCGAUGUCUCAUGCAGAGCGGCAGAUGA